GGGCCUUGUAGCCUCAUCAGUUGUUUCGCUGUUGUAACUUGUAUACCUGACGUCAAAAAGUCUAGAGAUACUCGGUUCAGAUAAUAACUUUCAUCUCGCAUCACGGCACCUGUUUAGGUUUUACGACACCUCCAUCCGCCUCAGAGUUUCCAAUUCGCUUAACCAAUUUUCAUUUUCAUCUGGACUGUGCUCCAGCCUUCCUUCAUCCACUACAUUACCUCCCCUAUCGGCUCUGAGCCUCUACGAGUCACUACUGAUCCGGUUGGGCUCUUCUCCCAUUGCACUCUGCUCUUCCUAGUCCCCAGCGCUGACACUGUUUCUGCUUCUCUCCAUUUCAAGGCCUUGAGGAUCUAAAUAGCACCGUCGUCAUCAUGGCGUCGAGUUCGGACGAAGGCGAGAUCGUCGAGAACGCCGCUAAAGAUUUGAAGGCAACUUCACUGCAGCAUACUGGAGGAAGCAGUGUUGACCGUCAAGACAGAAACAAAAGUAGACUUUCGACUCCGGAUCACGAUUCGGCUUCUAGAUACAGCAACGGGUCACGACGAAGCAUUUCACCCCGUGGCUACAAGCGAUCGCACGAUGAAAGAGACAGGAAUAGGGACAGAGAUCACUACAACUCCAGACCUCGCGAUCAGGCCUAUCGCCGGAACUACGAGGAUUCGCGACGUGACGACCAUCGAAAGCCGCGAGGACAAUACGAUGACCUAGAUCGACCUGCAUCACGAACAUCAAAUUUCAGCUACGGGGGCCGCGAUCGGAGCCGUGACCGAGAUAACUACCGCGAGGGUGACCGAGAUCGGUAUUCCAACAAACGACCUCGAAACAGGAGUCGCUCUCCUCAAAGAUCUCGACCUUCGGAUAGAGGCAGGUUUGAUCGCUUUGUCAGAGAAGGCCAAUACGAUCGUCGCGACGAUGGGCCGAAGGAACUUAAGUAUGAAGACAGUUCAAGAAAUGGCGGGUCUAUGUCCAAGAGGACGACAGUAGGAGAGGCUUCACGCGCCCAAGAACAUCAUGCUAAACCUGAACAAGGCCUUACAAAUGGACAUGGUACUUCCAAGGCUUCUCAGCAGGAGCCAGCAGCUCAGAAGGAACCGGAACGAAAACCGGAACCAGAGCCAGAGCCAGAGCCCGACUACGAAGAGCCUGAGCCUUUUGACGAAGAAGCUGAAAUCGAGCGACGCCGCAAGCGACGUGAGGAGAUUCUGGCUAAGCACAGUUCUGCGACUCCUCUCCUUCUCCAUGCUGUAGGUGCGGCUGCGAGUAAAGCUCACGGAGCUUCUCCUGCGUCCACCGCGCCCGACACGCCCAUGAGAGCACAUUCCGACAUUGAAAGCCCCCGCACUCCCCGAUCAGGUAUGUCAACAGCAUCUGGUGGAGGGAUCUUAUUGACCAGAGGUGCAGAUAUCGCAUCACCACGCUCUCCCGGAUCACAUACCGAAAUGUCUCCGGGGGGCAUCAACUUCCUCGAUGACAGAGCCCUGAUGAACAACCACGGCAAGGCUCAGCCAGACGAGGAGGAUGGUCCCUCAGCCGCUGACUACGAUCCUACUGGAGACAUGCAGGAGGAUGAACGACGACAUGAGCUCCGGCACGGGAACGUCGUACUUCAUGGUGAGCAGCAUCCCAUUGCAACGGAACAACAGCCACAGGAAGAUGUUCAGAAAGAGUCUACCGAAAAGACCGGCGGUGAUGAUGACGAUGAUGACUUCGAUAUGUUUGCGGAAGACUUUGACGAGGAAAAGUAUGCCACAAAACCUGUCGAGCCGGUCGCGCCUAUCGAGGGUGACGGCAAGGCCCCUGAUGUCCCAGCUAUCAAGGGGGGUAUUCUUGAAGGUGACGACAAAGAUGGAUACUACAAGAUUCGCAUUGGUGAAGUCUUGAAUGGUCGGUAUCAGAUCCAGGCAGCACUGGGAAGGGGUAUGUUUUCAGGGGUAGCUCGUGCCGUCGACAUCACCACGAAGGAGCUCGUCGCUAUCAAGAUGAUGCGAAACAAUGACGCCCUCCGAAAGGGAGGAUACACAGAGAUCGCUAUUCUGGAGAAGCUCAACGAGGCCGACCCUGAGGGUCGCAAGCACAUCAUCAAGUUUAUCCGCCAGUUCGACUACAAGGGUCAUCUGUGCAUGGUGUUCGAGAACCUGAGCAUGAACUUGCGAGAGGUUCUGCGAAAGUUUGGUAACAAUGUGGGUAUCAAUCUUGGAGCUACGCGAGCAUACGCAUACCAGAUCUUUGUCGCUCUCGCGCACAUGCGAAAGUGCAGUAUCAUUCAUGCUGAUCUCAAACCGGACAACAUCUUGGUAUGCAACCCCACGAUGCUAACAUUAAGACACGCGAGUGCUAACUUUAGUAGGUAAACGAGAGUCACAACGUGCUAAAGAUCUGUGAUUUGGGUACGGCUAUCGACAAGACGGAUGCGGCGACAGCGCACAUGGAUGUCACUCCAUACCUCGUCAGUCGAUUCUACCGAGCGCCGGAGAUUAUUUUGGGCAUUCCUUACGAUUAUGCCGUCGACAUGUGGUCUAUCGGCUGCACGUUGUAUGAGAUGUACACCGGCAAAAUCCUCUUUGCUGGAGACAGCAACAACCAGAUGCUCAAGGCAAUUAUGGAGAUCAGAGGAAGGUUGACGCCGAAGUUGUUCAAGCGUGGUCAACUAUCGCCGGCUCAUUUUGACGACAAGGGACAAUUCGUCAGCAUCGAACGAGACAAGGUUCUAGGCAAGACAACCGUCCGCACAAUGGCGGUGGUAAAGCCCACCCGGGACCUACGGACGAGACUCAUGGCUGCGUCGUCAGGGAUGAAUGACGCGGAAACGAGGGACCUGAACCACUUCAUUGAUCUCCUCGAGCACUGUCUUACCCUCAAUCCCGACAAAAGGAUGAAGCCGGCUGAUGCACUGCGCCAUCCCUUCUUUACUGCACGGGCGGGACAUGUACGUCGGUAAGGAGGGUGUCAAGCAUUCGGAUCAUGGAUUCAUGACGCUGUUUUGAGACAAUCAAAGGCGCGGGAUGAGAGAUUUUUGGGGCAAGAUAUUUUACUUGGCUAGACAAAGCAAGGGAGGAUAAUGGCUGGUUCAAAACAUGUGGUGGUUUGAUCGAUGUCUCUGAACGUGUCACCGCCGUUUUUAUGUCAUGCCUUGCUAUGUCUCACCUUGUCUGUUGUGUCUCGCAUGAGGCCGAGGUUAUUGGAGUCUAGACUUGGAAGAAGCAGGCUAGAAAUUUUUGAUGGAGUUCUGGAGUAUCGAUCCUUUACGAGGAUCUAAAACAAAUGCCUACAGACUUUUAAUAACAUAGCCACUAAGGAAUCGCCUAAGUAAUGCUCGGAUUGUUUGAUGAAUGAUCGCCGAUGCAAGAAUGAGUCUUUUUACGAUGCGUGACCGCGUGCUCGCUGUAUUCCGAGUCACAUAACGCCCGGCUCAUACGGGAGGAAUCCACAUGCUCGGGCUUGGUAUUGAGGUUGAUUGAGGCUCCCAGGCACGGAGUGGCGAUGCAGGCGUGGGCUUGCUUACCCGCGUGAGCAUGAACACGCCAGGCAGCCGACGCUAGGUGAAAAUGUUGUGCAUUUUCUAGGCUACAUUAUUCAUUCCAGGAUCAAGUUUGACAGCCUGAUAGGCAGAGACUGGGCGUAACGAUCAGGGCUGAUUACACAUUGUGGUUAGGUGUGUUGAUUUGAUUGCUGGCAGCCGAUGUUACAUUUGAGAUGUUUGUUGUAGAUGGUUUGGGGGACACGGGUUGUGGUCUGUGUAAGUCGCUUGGUCGGGAUAGAAAGUGGUUGGUCAGACUAUCAAAGAAGAGAGUUCUUUGUGUUUGAGGAGUUGACGUUCACGUUCAAUGAGGUCACACAGACAAAGUCAGUGGUACAGAGAAGAAGAUGAGCAGGGCGAGCAAGCUGUGACGUUUGUGCCGAUGAUUGUCGUGAUGUGAUUGAUGUGCACGAGAGCUCAAAGGUGAGGC